AUGGAAUUGGAUGAUGUGGAUGCCAUCACUGUCGGAAAGUACGUGUACUGGAUGGGCCAGGAUGACGAUAUCCCGCGUGGUCAUUUGGGAGAGGUGACCAAGGUGGAUGGCGACGACCGAAAGGUGAGUUUUCCGGACGGAAGCUACACCAUCCCAGCGCGCAAGCUGAAUGUGUGCAACCUGCAGAAUGGCGCCCAGGCCGCACAAACAGGUGGCAGGUGGCAUGCGACAGUCGCAUGGGAUGCUCCAAAGAUGUGA